UAUCAUAUGGUAUCACAUUAGAAUAUGGAAUCCACAAUGAGAGAAAAAGAAACUUGUCUGACGACUGACAGAGGAUCGAUACCAACAGAACAGUCAAAUAGGUUACGACUACAACAUCUAAUAGAGAGUGUAGCAACCCCGGCUGUCAGAGUGGAAUUCGACAAACAAUUUCACCCAGAUGUGCUUCAGAGGACUAUACGCCAAGGAAAAAUGCUACAUAAUAAAAACAUAACCAAGGAACAGCGUGAUUUGUUAGAACCAAAAGCAGGUAAUGUAUCGUCAAGUACGUUUGACAUUACGUUGAUGACGGUUUUCUUUAGAAAUAUAGCAAAACUAUCCAUUGGAAAACAACUUCCUCUUGUGAUUGACACAAGUACAGCGGCUGAUCUAACUAGAAUUGUUUUCUAUAGAAAUAAAAGUGCACAUGACUCAAUGGAGACGAAUGAUAUUCAAGACUUUGAAAAAGCAUACAACGUAAUAAGCGAGGCAGUUGUGAGACUCGGUGGUGAAAGAUUUAGAGGACAAUGCAAGAAGCUUAGGUUCCAGCGUCUUGAUGCUAACUUACCACCAGCUAUUAAAGAUAUUCAAGAACAUACUAUAGAUGAAUGGUCAAAAAUCGAUAACAAAUUGGUUGUUAUGACAUCUGCAAUCGAAACACUAAAAGACAAAAUUCAGAAUGAAGAUACCGUCACCGUUAUAGGUUUUUCGGGUAGUGGAAAAUCUACUGCUGUCCGAAAUGUAGCUUUGCGUUUAUCCCGAGAACAAAAAUAUCAAAUAUUUCCAGUGCUUUCACCAAAAGAUCUAAUGACGUAUUAUAUUAAAGGGAAAAGACAAUUAUUUGUUUUUGAUGACGUCUGUGGCAAAUAUUCAUUAGACAUACACAAAUUGAUGGAGUGGAAAGAUUUAUCAAUGGAUAUACGACUGCUCUUCGGAGACGGAUUAUUAAAAUGCCUCUUUACUUGUAGACCACACAUAUUCAAUGACUCACAAUUUAAAGGAGUUGAUAUCCUUUCUUCAAUAGAGCAUGAUAUAUUAUCACCUCAAUACAAUUUGUCAAAUAAUGAAAGGAUUUUGAUUGCAAAAUCGCAUCUUUGUUUUGAAGAAGUAGAAACUAUUAAACGUAUGAGUGUGUUCAACAAAUAUGAUUGUUUGCCACUUCUUUGUCAAUUUUAUUCGACAAACAGAAAUAGUAAUAUUGUCAGUUUUUUUAACAAUCCAAUUCAAGUGAUCGAAGAUGAUUUAAUAUCAUUUAAACAUGCCCCUGAUCAAACAACUUUUUCGGUGUUAUCGUUGUUUGUCAUUUAUAACAAUAAAAUCGAUAGAAAUGAUAUUAAAAGCCGGCGUUUCAGUGAAAUAUUAUCGGAAAUCUCAGAUAAUGUUAGAACAUCGUCUGCACUUUCACGAAAAGUUGUGACAGACAACCUUACAAAGUUAUCGAAUACAUAUGUACGAAUUCUAAAGGACUCUUACAGCAUAAUACACGAUAAAUGGUUUGAUACUGUCGUUUCUUUUUAUGGAAAACACAUGUUUGAUAUCAUAUUAAGACUUAGUCAUCCCGAUAUCAUACGUGACCGAUAUCAAUUUGAAAUUAACCAAAGGUAUCAAAGUAAAGAUUCACUAGUUAUUUUUGUUCCGAUGGAAAAAGAAUCAGACUAUAUGAAAAGAUUAUGCAAGGACAUAAAUGACGGAUAUGUUCAAAAAGUAUUUACUAAUAAACAACUGCAGUAUUUAACAUUUAGAUUGAAGUUUAUAGAACAAUUACGUUUGAAAUCGAAUUUAAAAAGGAAUGUACGUGCUUUUCAAGAUGUCUCGCCUUUACUGGUAGUGUCCCAACAAAACUAUCUUGAUAUAAUGGAGGCGUUACUUGAAAUUAAAGUUGUUGCAAAUGUCAUGAAUAAAUUCGGAACAACUCCUUUGUUUAUUGCUUCUGAGAAUGAUCAAGUUGGAAUGGUUAAAUUAUUGCUUACAUAUAAGUGUGACCCUAAUCAACGCAGAGGGUUAAAAAAUGGUGAAACGCCAUUGCACGUAGCUUCUGAAAAGGGCCAUAAACAAGUUGUUAAGCUAUUGAUAAGACACAACGCAAACACAAAUAUAUGUUCAACAAAUCAAGAAACUCCAUUAUACAUCGCUACAAGUAAAGGUUUUAUUGAUAUUGUUGAAAUAUUACUUGAGAACGGAAGUGACCCUAACAUUUGUGGAAAUCGCAAUUUUCCAAUUUUUAUUGCAUCACGACUCGGUCAUACCGAAGCAGUACGUUUGUUACUAGAAAGUAACAGUGAUCCAAAUUUACUUUCUGAAGAUAUAAUGCAUGAAGGACAGUCGCCAUUAUGCAUUGCCUCAAAAUAUGGUCAUACCGAAAUAGUUAAGUUAUUACUUGAACAUCGAGCAGAUUCUAAUUUAAGAGCAAAGGAUGGCUUAUUUCCUUUGUACAUAGCUUCGCGAGAGGGAUUUACCAAUAUAGUUAAACUAUUACUUGAUUUCAAAGCAAAUCAGGAUAUGAUAGUUCAUUUCAAAACAAACAAAAGACAGGCUAUGCUUUUUUUCAGAAUUGAGAUCAAAAAUCGAUUCUCCGCUUUGUGUUGCUUCAGAAAAGGGAUUUGCAGAUAUUGCCAUGUUAUUACUCCAAGAUAAAUGUAACCCAAAUUUAUGUAGACAUGACUUAAUGGACAAACGUCUAUCACCAUUAUGUGUAAGUGCAAGAUAUGAAAUGACAACUAUUAUGAAAUUAUUGCUUAAAUAUGGAGCUGAUCCCAAUUUUAAGAUUCAAGACCAGGACUUUGAAUUGCCGUUAUUCACAGCGUCAAAGAAUGGGAAUGUUCAACUAGUUACAUUAUUACUUGAAAACAGUGCUAAUCCUAAUCUAUGUUCAACUAGUCCAGGUUCGCAGGGUUGGUCACCAUUGCAUGAAGCUUGUGAAAAGGGUCAUGUAGAGAUUGUGCAAGAUCUACUAAAACAUAAAGCCGAUCAAAAUAUAUAUACAAAAGAGAGAAAAUUACCAUCACACAUCGCUAAAUCAAAAGGUCACAAUCACAUUGUUUGUCUGCUGCAGCAUUGAUCAAGAAAUACAGAAGUAUUAUUCUAAACAACUGUUUAUUGAACAAAUAAAAAUGACAAUAUGAGAGAAAGUAGAAUAAAUUGAUUUUUCA